GGCGCCGUACCGCAUUGGCGUAUUGCUUCCAUUUCAGUGAAUGUUUUACCAGUUUAACAAAGUUUCGGCAUUCCAGUUUUAACAAAUUUUGAAAUGGAAGAAGAGAAAAGUAAGAAAAAGGAUAAGAAGAUGACGACUAAAUACGAGAUCGAACCUUCGAAAAUGGAGGUGAAACUUGAAUGUAAAGACUGGCCUCUGUUAUUUAAGAAUUUUGAUAAAAUGUUGACACGCACGAAGCAUUUUACUCCAUUAACCAGUGGUUCUACCCCACUAAAUCGAAGCUUAUCAGAGUAUAUAAAAUCAGGCUGCAUCAAUUUGGACAAACCAUGUAAUCCAUCAUCGCAUGAAGUAGUAGCUUGGAUAAAGAAAAUCUUAAGAGUGGAGAAGACUGGUCAUUCUGGUACAUUGGAUCCCAAGGUAUCAGGAUGUUUGAUAGUCUGCAUAGAUAGAGCAACAAGACUAGCCAAGUCACAGCAGUCUGCCGGAAAGGAAUAUGUUGCUGUAUUUAAGCUUCAUUCUGCCGCAGAAAGUAUUCAAAAGGUGAAUCAAGCCUUGGAAAAAUUGCGCGGUGCUCUCUUCCAAAGGCCGCCGCUUAUAUCGGCGGUCAAGAGACAGCUCCGCGUCAGAACAGUUUACGACAGUUGGUUCCUCGAUUAUGACCAGGAACGCAAUAUGGGAGUAUUCCGUGUUAGUUGUGAAGCUGGCUCCUAUAUCAGAACUAUGUGUGUCCAUCUUGGGCUCUUCUUAGGUACCGGUUGUCACAUGCAAGAACUUCGAAGAAGUCGUUCUGGCGUUUUAUCUGAACAGGAUGGUAUGGUCAGUAUGCAGGAUAUUCUAGAUGCCCAAUGGCUAUAUGACAAUCAUGGAGAUGAAUCUUAUCUGAGAAGAGUUAUAAGACCAUUGGAAUCAUUGCUAAUAAAUCACAAAAGAAUCAUCAUGAAGGACAGCGCUGUAAAUGCAAUUUGUUACGGAGCUAAGAUAAUGUUACCAGGCGUUUUGAUGUAUGACCAAGGGAUAGAAUUGAAUGAGGAAAUUGUAAUCGUAACUACCAAGGGCGAAGCUGUAGCAGUUGCUAUAGCUUUGAUGUCUUCUCCAACCAUGGCCGCGUGUGAUCAUGGAGUAGUUGCAAAACUGAAAAGGGUAAUCAUGGAGAGAGAUUCAUAUCCAAGAAAAUGGGGUUUAGGACCAAAAGCAUCGCAGAAAAAACGUAUGGUAGCUGAAGGAUUGUUAGAUAAAUAUGGAAAACCAAAUGAAAAAACACCUCCUGAAUGGUCACAUAAUUAUCAAGAUUAUCAAAAUCUAGCAACAUCAUCAGUGACAACUGCUUCAUUGACUUCAACAACGACGGAAAAGAAUGGUGACGUAAUUGUUAGUAAAAAGAGGAAGAGAGAAAAUGAUACAAGUAUAGUAGACGAAGCAAAACAAGAAACGUCGGAGAUUUUAGAAACAUCAUCGCCGAAAGAUAAAAAAAAGAAAAAAGAAAAGAAGAAGAAGAAGGAGAAACAUGAGACGGAAGGCGAAGAGUCUGUUGUAAUGGAAGAAGUUACCAGUGGGGAAUCUAUGACAAAAGAAGAGAAAAAGAAGAAGAAAAAGAAAAAGAAGGAUAAAGAUCAAGAACCUAUGUCGAGUUAG